AUGCCAGAUCCGGAGAAAGCGCAAGCAACGCUAACGGAAGAUUUAGAAAAAUUAACUUCCUACAAGGAUUUCUAUGAUAAGUUUAAGAAAGGCUGCAGUGACUACAAUAGUUGUGAUAGAAGCUCUACAAAAGACUUGGAAGAUAAGUUGCAAAAAUGUCCCAAGAGUGAGAAAUAUAAAGAGAAAAUUAUAAAAGCAUGUUGCUGCAUGUCCACAAUGGAUGAGGAAAGAGGAGUAGAAUAUAAGAAGAAAUGUAACUUCCUCUAUUACUGGACUGUUGACAUUUUAAUGAAGGAGAUUGGUAUUUCCUCAUUAUCUGCAGCUGCACAGGAUGUCACAGGGGCAUUGGAAAGUUUUUUGCAGAAACAUGGAUGUAAAAUUCUCGACCCUGAUAGUAUUGAUAAGGAUACUAUCGAAGCAAGGAAAAAAAUAUUCGAUUACAACUACGACUAUGGUGAACUGCAGCAGCUAUUAAAGAGUAGUGGGUCUGAGUGUAAUCAGAAUUAUUUAAAUUACCUGAAGGGAAUUUUUUUAACCUAUGAUACUGUCAAGACAGAGUGUAAGCGCCCAAACACUGAAACGAACGAAUACUGUACUAAACUUAAGGAAAUGUUUGAUGAUGACAAAAAAAGUCCACAGCAGUUAACGUUGAAAUGUGGAUCAAUACAGGAAACAGAAGCCAUAUUAAGGGCGAGGGCGAAGGCAGCACUGCAGGAGAACUGCCAAGAGAAAGGUCUACCCUCACAACAGAUAUACUGUAAACUCAAUCAGGCCAGUGGUACGUGUGAUAGUGGUAGGAGUGACCCUACACCAGAGUUAAAGGUAGCACUGAAAACAUAUCUCAAAGAGGGGGGAGAUUAUGCCGAUAAGAUUGUGAAGGGGUGGUGUUACGCGAAUGGAAGUGGGAAGGGCAAUUUGUCCAAUAAGGAAGAACGUUGUAAAUAUUUAUAUUAUUGGACAGCGGACACAUUGCUGGACUCCCUGAAGAAGGAGGGGGACCUCUCAAACGCCAUGAAUGUAAUCUACAGUAAAUUAGGGGGCUCAGGAAGAAAUAUUGAUUGCACUAAUUUAUAUCCUAAUAUGCAGUGGUAUCACCUCAGAAAUAUGGGACAAGUAUAUAAUUAUUCCCAAGACCAUGAUACUAUAAAGAAGUGCACAGAAGAUCCCCAACCUUCCGACUCUAACUGUACUAAUGGAGAAUAUUCUACUUACCUCGACGGUGCUUUUUCAUCCUAUAAAUAUAUGAAACGACAAUGUGAAGGUGAUAAGGAUAAACAAUGGUGUACGGACUUCAAUAAAAUGGCCGAAGAACGUACUUAUAACGACUUACUACAAUUAAAAUGUUUCUUAAAACAUACACCAGAUUGUCCAAACAUCACCCUCCCUGCUAUAUUGGGCACACUAACCUCGAUAGGACUACCAACUUUUGCAUUUCUGCUAUAUAAAGUACUUACAUAA